UAACAGCCGUCGGCUUGGCGCCGCAAACGUGUUCCCCUAGGAGGGUAGGGACUGAGAGCCCGAGCCCCAGCCCCAGCCCCGCGGAGGAACGUUCUCCCGGGUCUUGGCCCCAUCCCUCAUCCACGCCUAUCGCGUUGCCCGAGACCGCAAAGAGCUGGAGAGGAGGGGGAGAGGGAGGAGUCGCUCCCCCCGCCCUUAUUUGCAUCCCGGUAUGAUUUGAAAUCCUGAACAUGGAUUUUUCACGCCUCCACACGUACACUCCUCCUCAGUGUGUGCCAGAGAACACUGGCUAUACGUAUGCACUCAGUUCAAGCUAUUCUUCUGAUGCCCUGGAUUUUGAGACUGAACAUAAAUUAGAUCCUGUGUUUGAUUCUCCAAGAAUGUCACGCCGAAGCUUGCGUUUGGUCACUACAGCAUACACCAGUGAUGAUGGUCAAGUGGAAAACACUCACUCGUACACUAGAAAUACAGCUUACAAAGACAAAAUAUCAAAGACAUCAAAACAGCAUAGAAACACAAACAAACAGUCUUUGGCUAUAACUCGUACUCCAAGAAAAGCUACUUCCAGCUCCUCCCUUCUCAGCCAGAGUACUAGUCAUGCUAGUGACGCAUCUUUAAGAUCCUCUGUCCUGGAUGAGUCUUUAAUUCGUGAACAGACCAAAGUUGACCAUUUCUGGGGUCUUGAUGAUGAUGGUGAUCUUAAAGGUGGGACUAAAAAUGUCAUUCAGGGAAAUGGUGACCUAGCAACAGGAGGAACAGAUACAACCUUGGUCAAUGGUUAUACAUGCACUGAUUGCAGUAUGCUUUCUGAGCGAAAAGAUGUCCUCACAGCCUACUCUACUUCCCAUGUGCCAUCUUCAAGAAUUUAUUCUAGGGAAAGGAGUCAAAAACGAGGUGCAUCUCUCUACAUGAAUAGAAUUUUACGUCUGGCCAAACACACAGCGGCAUCUUUUUCAUCACUCUUAGUUCAACUUUUUCAAGUUGUUUUAAUGAAGUUGGGUUACGAAUCAGAGAAUCACAAAUUGAAAAAUUAUGAAUUUAAAGAUUGUGAAUCAAAAAGUUAUAAGACAAAAAGCCAUGAAUCAAAAGCUCAUUCGAAUUACUGUGGGAGUAUGAAUGUAAAAGAGUUUCUCAGAGAGGAUGGUCACCUCAGUGUAAAUGGGGAAUCACUGUGUGAUGACUGUAAGGGGAAGAAACAUCUUGAAACAUAUACAACAACCCACUUGCAAUCUUCAAGGUCAAAAAGGGUAGCAAGGACCAUUUGGCACACCUUUUCUUACACAGGUUACUUUUUGAUGCAAACACUGCAAAGGAUUGGAGCAACAGGAUGGUUUGUGUCCAAGAAGGUGUUGUCGUUUCUUUGGUUGGCCAUUGUUUCUCCAGGGAAGGCAGCCUCUGGAGUAUUCUGGUGGCUAGGAACUGGAUGGUAUCAAUUUGUUACUUUGAUUUCUUGGUUAAAUGUAUUCCUACUUACAAGGUGCCUUCCAAAAAUUUGCAAGUUACUACUGUUACUUAUCCCACUUUUACUUUUGCUAGGGAUAGGUCUUUAUUUAUGGAACAUGGAAAGUUUUCUUUCACUCUUGCCUAUAUUUAAUUGGACAACCAUACACAGAACACCGAAAAUAGAUGAGUCCAGAUACUUCUUUAAGCCUGAUUCUUCUCUUGUUAAUCAGCCUGUAGAGGGUGAUGUUAAAUUUUUUGACUGGCAUCGAAUUGGUGAAAUAGAAAGACAGAUGGCCCUUUUGUCUGACAGAUGCCACAACUCUGAUGAAGAUUAUGGAAAAGUGACCCUGCUACUUCAGAAACUACAAGCCAAAGUAGACCAGAUGGAUGAUGAUAGUGGAACAUUGUCUUUGAUUAAAAAUGUGGUAGGGCAGCAUUUAAAAGAAAUGAAAUCUGAUAGUAUUUCAAGCUCAAAGACUGAUUUUCUGGCUUUCCAUCAAGAACAUGAAUUGAGAAUAUUGAAGCUGGAAGAUCUUCUUGGAAAACUGUCUGAAAAGUCCAAGAUUAUCCAGGAGGAAUUAGAUCAGACAAAGUCAAGAACCUUUAGUGGAAUUGAUGAACAACAACAUCUUCUAUCCAAAGUUAAGCAUCUAGAAAUGGAACUGGGUCAUUUAAAAUCAGAACUAUUAACUUGGCAAGGCUUGAAGACUAGCUGUGCGAAAGUAGAGACAAUGCAUGAAAAAGUAGAUACCCAGAUCAGAGAAACUAUCAAACUUAUGUUUUCUGGUGAUCAGCAAGAUGGUUCUCUUGAAUGGCUGUUACAGUGGCUUUCUUCCAAAUUUGUAAGCAAAGGUGACUUGCAAAUUUUAUUACGGGACUUAGAGCUACAGAUUCUAAAGAAUAUUACACACCAUAUGUCCAUGACAAAAGAAAUUCCAAGUUCUGAAACAGUGGUAAAUGCUGUCAACAGUCUGGGGAUUUCUGGCAUAACAGAAGCGCAAGCACAUGCUAUUGUUAAUAAUGCUCUGAAGCUGUAUUCCCAAGACAAAACGGGGAUGGUAGACUUUGCUUUAGAAUCUGGAGGUGGUAGCAUUCUGAGUACUCGCUGUUCUGAAACAUAUGAAACCAAAACUGCAUUAAUUAGUUUGUUCGGGAUUCCUUUGUGGUAUUUCUCACAGUCUCCUCGAGUUGUAAUUCAGCCUGAUAUUUAUCCAGGAAACUGCUGGGCAUUUAAAGGAUCUCAAGGAUACCUUGUUGUGAGAUUAUCAAUGAUGAUCCAUCCAACAGCUUUUACAAUAGAACAUAUACCAAAGACACUUUCACCAACAGGGAACAUCACUAGUGCUCCUAAAGAUUUCUCAGUCUAUGGUUUAGAUAAUGAAUAUCAAGAAGAAGGAAUGCUUCUAGGACAGUUUGUUUACAAUCAAGAAGGAGAAUCACUUCAGAUGUUUCAUGCAAUGAAGAGCCCUGGAAAAGCUUUCCAGAUUGUGGAACUUCGGAUUUUAUCUAAUUGGGGCCAUCCUGAAUACACAUGUCUCUAUCGCUUCAGAGUACAUGGAGAACCCAUCAAGUAAAAAUACCCUCUACAUUAUUUUUCUUGUACAUUUUUGUAUAUACCAAACAACCUGAAACACUGGAAUCCCUUGUGGAUGAGGGCAUGUUCUACCACAGGAUAAAAUUAUCCUUUGUAAUAAACUUCACAAGACUGCCAGCAAGACAACAUAUAUUCAACUGAUAAAAUAUUCUGAUACUCAGCUUACCAUUGACAACUUUAUUAUACAAAUGGUCACGCUGAGAAACUGCAUGCUGAAUACUCUGGUUCACAAAGAUCAGUUUAACAAAACAGGUGAUGUCUCUUGUACCCAAUUUGAAUUGUAUUGUUAACUAAACCAUUUCCUUUUGUUUUUCAACUUCAGAAUCUAUUUUAACAUAAAAUUCAUCUAUACACUUUUAUUUACCUGGCACUAGGAACAAGGCAAAUAGACAUUAAAAUAUUUUAAAUGUUCCUUAAGAUUUUAGUCUCAAUUCUUUGCUUUUUUUUUCACUAGAUUUUUGAUGACUUUUUUUGAUAUAUGUAUUUCAUCUAUUAAAUCUUAUACUUAUUACUGUCAGGGAAAAAUGAUGCAACCAAAAUGUCUAAUUUUUUAUCAGCAACUUAAACUCCUAUUCUUCAGGAUUAGUGAGUACUUGCCUUAACCCAGACACAGGAUGUUACUUUACUUUGCCAUAUUUAGGGUUGGGGUGGGAAGGAGGAAUGGGACACAGACUGAGGAGGAAUACCUUUCAAAUUUAUUUUCUGGCUUGCUCUUAUUCUUGAUCCAGCUUUUCAAAGUGGUUAGUCUGUCUCCUAAUACUAAUUGAGCAAAAUAAAGAAUUUUAUUUCAUAAGUGUAUUGAAAGGUCUUAGUUUUAAGAAUGAACUGGAUCUAAAAUGACAACUCAAAUCUCAGGUCUGAAUGAUGUUUAUUACAAUUAAAUUAAUUGGGUUAGUCUGGGUCAUGCACUAAAAAGAUAAAUUUAAGAUCUGAGAAAAGUAGAAUACUUUGGUUUUGAAUUCUGCUUAAGAACCAAUGCUGAUAUGUUAACAGUUGUAUUUUUAAUCCACUGGUCACAUUUUAUUGAAAGUAUAUUAACUAAAGUAGAGGCAGGUUCAGCUGUCAUUAUUAUAUUUUAAGGCCAUUGUUUUUCUCUACAAGAGCAUUUUUACUGGAUAUAACUGGGGUUUGCAUUAUAUUAUACAACUGCAUGUAGCAUUCCUGCUUGACUGAUCCUUAGGGGCUUAUUUGAUUGUGAUUAACAUUUAAUAUUUUAAACAUUUUAUUGGAAAGUCUUUAUAAAUGAAUUUUCUGCAAUUUACAUGAUCUAUACCAAUAGUUUACCUUAAUUUGUCUAUUUGGGGGGGGUCAGAACAGUUUUGGGUGUUAUCAUAAAUGUUGUAUUUUCAGAAAAGGCUUAAAAUGAUGGUGCUGACUGGUUUCCUGAAUAGAGUUUUAUGUAUAUUGCACAACAGUCCUCAAAUGUAUUUUAGAAACUCCAUAAAUUAGCAUUUGUUCACUAUUUUAAAAAAUGGAACUAAUGCCUACAGAGAAGUUGGAUAAAAUAUGUACAGGUAUUUCAUAUAUUAUAGGUUAAAUAUAUAAAUCAAAAUUAUCCUGUGUAAAUUAAAUUUGGGGCUUGGGAUGGGAAUAUUUUGAAUACUAAUUUAUUUUUAAAGAUGCAAGAUAGGACUUUGUGCAAUGUAUUUUUGUAAAUGCUUUUCAAGAUAUUUGUCUUUGGUAGUGUUUCUUUUGCUGCCUCCAAAUUCACAAGAUACUAUUGAGAUGUUUAAAUAAAGAGUUUUUAAUUUUUAAAAGUGCAUGUAAUAUUUCAAAUUAAUAAUAAACAGUUUAUUUCUUUUCUCA